GGUGCCCGGCCCUCGAGCCCUCACGGCAUGCACCAUGAGCGGCGGCGGCGGCGGCGACGACGUGGUGUGCACCGGCUGGCUGAGGAAAUCGCCUCCCGAGAAGAAGUUGAGGCGCUAUGCCUGGAAGAAACGCUGGUUUAUACUGCGGAGCGGCCGGAUGAGUGGCGACCCAGGUGUUCUGGAAUACUACAAGAACGAGCACUCCAAGAAACCCCUGCGGAUCAUCAACCUGAACUUGUGUGAGCAGGUGGAUACAGGCCUGACCUUUAACAAGAAAAAGCUGCAGGACAGUUUUGUGUUCGAUAUCAAGACCAGUGAGUGUACUUUUUACCUGGUGGCUGAGACAGAGGCCGACAUGAAUAAGUGGGUCCAGAGCAUCUGCCAGAUCUGCGGCUUCACUCAGGCUGGGGAGAGCACAGACUCCCUGAGAAACCUUUCUUCAGCCAGUCACGGUUCCCACUCUUCUCCAGCUGAGGUCAGCGGCUCCACUCAGCACCUGCUCCGAGAAAGGAAGUCCUCCGCCCCUUCACACUCUGGCCAGCCCACUCUGUUCAUGUUUGAGCCCCUGUCAGGCCACAUCCAGCCUGCCUUGUCCACCAGUGCACCUCAGGAGUAUCUCUACUUGCACCAGUGCAUAAGCCGAAGGACAGAAAAUGCGAGGAGUGCCAGCUUCUCUCAGGGCACCCGGCAGAAGAGUGAUACAGCCAUGCAAAAACUUGCCCAGGGCAAUGGACACUGGGUCAAUGGAGUCAGCGGUCAAGUCCAUGGCUUCUAUAGCCUUCCCAAGCCAAGCCGACACAAUACAGAAUUCAAAGACAGUACUUACGACCUCCCCCGUAGCCUGGCUUCACAAGGCCACACCAAGGGCAGCCUCACAGGGUCCGAGACAGACACUGAGGAUGCGUACACCUUCAAGACACCCAGCAACACCCUGUGCCGGGAGUUUGGAGACCUCCUAGUGGACAAUAUGGAUGUUCCAACCACCCCUCUCUCAGCCUACCAGAUCCCUAGAACAUUCACACUGGACAAAAACCACAAUGCCAUGACAAUGGCCACUCCUGGAGACUCAGCCAUAGCUCCCCCACCACGCCCCCCCAAGCCAAGUCAGGCAGAAACACCUCGGUGGGGCAGCCCUCAGCAAAGACCUCCAAUCAGCGAACAUAGUAGAUCUGUAGCUGCUACUAUCCCCAGACGCAAUACCCUCCCCGCAAUGGACAACAGCCGACUCCACCGAGCUUCUUCCUGUGAGACCUAUGAGUACCCAACUCGAGGCGGAGAGAGUGCCAGUUGGUCUGCUGAAUCUCCAGGGAAGACUAUCGUGGGUCGAUCAGACAGUGCCAGCUCUGAUGACAACUAUGUGCCCAUGAACCCAGGUUCUUCUACCCUGCUGGCUAUGGAACGAGCAGGGGACAAUUCCCAAAGUGUCUACAUCCCCAUGAGCCCAGGGCCCCAUCACUUUGACCCGCUUGGCUACCCAUCCACAGCCCUUCCUAUCCAUAGAGGUCCCAGCCGAGGAAGUGAGAACCAGCCACCCCCGGUCAAUCGCAACCUCAAGCCUGACCGGAAAGCAAAGCCAACACCCCUGGACCUGAGAAACAACACUGUCAUCGAUGAGCUCCCCUUCACCAAGUCUUGGUCCAGGCUUAACCACACCGCUAACUCCAGCUCCUCCCAGUACUGCCGCACCAGCACAGACUCGGGAGACAGCGAGGAGAACUACGUCCCAUCCCCUGUUCCCAGUGGCACCAACAGCCCAGCUCCAAAGAAGAGUACUGGCAGUGUGGAUUACCUAGCCCUGGACUUCCAGCCAGGCUCCCCGAGCCCUCACCGCAAGCCAUCCACAUCAUCUGUCACAUCGGAUGAGAAGGUAGACUAUAUCCAAGUGGAUAAGGAAAAGACCCAGGCCCUGCAGAACACCAUGCAGGAGUGGACAGAUAUGCGGCAGUCCUCAGAACCUUCCAAGGGUGCCAAGCUGUGAUAAAGGAGCCGCCGCUUGUACUACCCGGGCCCUUCUUCAUGCCGUCGGAUCGCUCCACGAGCGCUGUGAGACCGUGCUGGAAGGGGAGACCAUCUCUUGUUUCAUAGUGGGAGGUGAGAAGCGUCUGUGCCUGCCACAGGUCCUUAACUCAGUGUUGCGCGACUUCUCACUGCAGCAGAUCAACUCAGUCUGCGAUGAGCUGCACAUCUAUUGCUCACGCUGCACCACCGACCAGCUGGAGAUCCUCAAAGUCAUGGGCAUCCUGCCCUUCUCCGCGCCCUCGUGCGGGCUCAUCACCAAGACGGACGCCGAGCGCCUGUG